AUGCAGAAGAAGUUCGGGAGGGUGUGCGAAGCAGCCAUUGCGCACAUCUCGAUGCUGUACCUGUUGGAAAAGUUGCAACGUGACCGUGGUACGUGUGUUUAUGCUAAAGCAGUGCAAAGUGACAUGGAUUGCUCACUGUUUGAUCUGGAAGUUGGGGCAACGCGACUUGUCGAAAUGACAGUCGUAUGUAAAAUGGAAAAUAAUGAGUUGUAUGUUGUGGCAAAGUGGAAAGAUCAGGAGUUCAGUGGCAUUUUAACCGACGGUCAUCCCCCCGCAUAUCUGCCUUACAUGAAGAAAAGGUCGACAACAGUGGCAGGUAGUGGGUCGAAUAGUUCCAAUGGUAGUGCAUGUGGCGAUUCGAAUGAUAGAACCACUGGCAGUGGCAGUGGUGCCAGUACUCCAUCGAAAUCUCGCAGUCAGCAGCCUGCUACACCUCGUGAUCUGAAGAAAAGACUUCCAUCUUCUGAAACGAAACGGAAGCUGUCCUGUACGAUAACUCGGCCUGGUAGCUCACUGGAUCCUCCGGAUGAAGAAGAAGAACUCGAUAUCGAAAAUCUAGCUAGUGGUUCAGUCUCGAAUUUUGAUUCUUUCAAACUAGUUGAAGUCCCUGGGAGGAAAUCCAUGCACAUUUGUACCGUCGACGGAUGUCAGCACAGAUAUUCUCGCAGUGAAGAGAUGGAAUACCAUAAAGCCACAGUACACGCCAAGAAGGCGGUGAUGUACGAAGCCAUUUGUUGUCAGACUGAUAUUUCCGCAUUCCGUAGACGUUCUGUGGAGACAGACGUUGAAGGGCUUGCGCAGACUGAUUCACCCUGUCUUUCGACAAUGUUGGAAGAGGCGCCUGUAAAGGCCGAAAAUUCUGCUGCUUCGACUUCUAUAGAGUCUGACAUGAAGCUUGAUGAUCCCUCAAAGUCUCCCGGAGGGUACUCGGACAUUUCCGAUGACGGUGUAGCUCCUCAACUACAGAAGGAGGAACCCACUUCUGAUGUUCGAACGCCUCUCUUGAUUUCAACGGGUCCACCUUGCAGUUCAGUACCGGAAGCUGCUAAUGUUCUAACAUCGCCUGAAUUUGCUCCCAGCCCUCGAGAAGCGGCACCAGACUCACUACCUCCGGCAUCACAGCAGUCGAAAGUGUCUCGCCCCUCGUCAAGACCAAUGGCACCUGCAACGCCGACAGCGCUUCCUUCCUCAUUUCAGCCUGUUUCUGCUGAGCGCAACCGAACUGCAAUGAAUGGUGCAGCAGUAAAUCCCAUAGUGAAUGCUUUGGACGCCCAACGCCAGUUUCGGCGAAUUUCCAGCCCCAACACGCUGUUGCUACUAUUCGUUUUUUGCGAUUGCUUUCGCAUCUGUCUAUGCCUGUACUUCGACUGA